UGCGUUCACCGUGGUCGGUUGCCAGUCCGCUGUCUCGUGUGUACCUGCGCUGAUGUUCUACUGUGUUUAGUCAUUAUUCAAAAAUCAAUCCGAUAAUAAUGAUCGCAGUGAAUUAUUUGAAUAUCGCGUACACUUGUCCGGAAAACGUUGGUGCGUGAUCUCUGGACCACCACGGUUACAUUUCAGUGCUUACACGGAUUGUCAACGAUUUCAACAUGCAAUUUUCGAGAUGGCUGUUGGUGCUCGGGUCGAUCAUCGUGGCCGAUGCAGACCAUGAUAUCCAAAAAAGAGGCACGUCAAAUCAAAAGAAAGUAGUUUGCUAUUACACCAACUGGAGCGUGUAUAGACCCGGCACGGCCAAGUUUUCUCCUCAAAAUAUUAAUCCGUACUUAUGUACACAUUUAAUAUACGCGUUCGGUGGGUUAGACAAGGAAAAUGGCCUGAAACCAUACGACAAGUACCAAGACAUCGAACAAGGCGGCUAUGCAAAGUUCAACGGACUAAAAACGUACAACAAGAAUCUCAAGACGCUAUUGGCCAUAGGAGGAUGGAAUGAAGGAUCGACGAGAUUCUCUAAACUGGUGGCCGACGAAGAUAGAAGAAAAGAAUUUGUUAAAAACGUAGUCAAAUUUCUGAGACAAAAUAAUUUUGACGGACUCGAUCUGGACUGGGAGUAUCCCUCUUUCAGAGACGGUAGUAAUCCCAGCGAUAAAGAAAACUACGCUUCUUUGGUGAAGGAAUUGCGGGAAGAGUUCAAUAGGGAAUCAUCAAAGACCGGUCGGUCCAGGCUGCUUCUUACAAUGGCCGUUCCGGCUGGUAUUGAGUACAUCGACAAAGGAUAUGACGUGCCACAGUUGAACAAAUACUUGGACUUUAUGAACUUGUUAACUUACGACUACCAUUCAGCGUAUGAACCGGCAGUCAAUCAUCAUUCUCCACUGUUUCCUUUGGAAGAGGAUUCCGAGUAUAACUUUGAUGCAAAACUCAAUAUUGACCAUACGAUAAAACACUAUCUGGACUCGGGAGCAGAUAAAGAUAAAUUAGUUUUGGGUAUUCCGACUUACGGUAGAUCGUACACACUUUUCAAUAAAGAGAGCACGGGCAUAGGAGCUCCGUCUGAUGGACCUGGCGAAAAAGGAGAAGCUACUAGAGAAAAAGGAUACUUAGCGUACUACGAGAUUUGCGGUAAUCUAAAAAAAGAUGACAAGUGGACGGUUGAACAACCGAAGCCCAGAGCGAUGGGUCCCUACGCGUUCAAAGAUAACCAGUGGGUUGGAUAUGAUGACGAGGAGUUUGUCAAACUUAAAGCAAAAUAUGCGAAUGAAAACGAUUUGGGGGGCAUCAUGUUUUGGUCUAUCGAUAAUGAUGAUUUCAGAGGAAGUUGUCACAAACGACCGUAUCCCUUGAUUGAAGCGGGAAAGGCGGCUUUAUUGGGAGAUUCGAAAGUCGAGUCGAGUCAAAAUAAAGAAACAAAAAGUACAAUUAAACCUAGAACAAAACCAAGGCCUAUAUCAAGAACUUCAACUACUGAAUCCGAAGAAAUAUUAUCUGUAUCAACAACUACACCUGAACCACCCACAACACCCGACUCCGGAACUGAUUUCACUUGUAAAGACGAAGGUUUCUUCCCACAUCCACGAGAAUGCAAGAAAUACUUUUGGUGUUUAGACAGUGGUCCGUCUAACUUGGGUAUCGUGGCCCAUCAAUUCACAUGCCCUUCGGGAUUGGUGUUUAACAAAAUUUCAGAUUCUUGUGAUUAUAGUAGAAAUGUAGUCUGUAAAGACAAGAAAACUACUUCAGACGUAACUACUACGUCCACCACUACACCCAAGCCAAUUAAAUCUGGACUGAAAACGACUACUACGACCACUACAACCACGACAACUACACAAGUCCCGGAAAUUGAAGAAGAAGUAGACAGUGAAUUUGAAGAAGAAGACCCAAAAGAAAUUAAACAACUUAUCACGUUGAUUAAAAAAUUAGGUGGUGUGGCUGAACUAGAAAAACAACUAAGUCUUAAAGAAGGAGGAGCAACCGAAGUAACAACACCGGCAAUAAGCAAAUCAUUGUACAACAAAGUUAUAAAAAGACCAUCCAAUAGGUUCCAGUCCACCUACAUUAAUGGUCCUGGUCCACAAAGCGAAGGAUUGGAUACUAAAGACGAUAGUCCUGAUUAUAAAAAAGAUAAACCACAAUAUGUGACGAUUAGAAGACAAAGACCACCCAAAGAUAUUACUGAAAAUAGUAGAGAUUUAGACAACGUCGACUCUGAUUCUGAAUCAUCGACAGAACAAUCAAAAUUAUCCUAUAAAACAGUGCAGAGAACAAGGUACCGUGAUUUGGGAGAACCAUCGGACGAAAACGCAGAAAUUGAUUCAUUGCCCAAGUAUACCACUUUAAGUCGAACCAGAUCCACGGAAAGUGAACAAGAAGAAACAACUAGUCCAAAAUACGUUACCAUACGAAGACCAAAACCUUCAGGUGUUAGGGAAGAAGACAUAAAUGACGAAGAUAUUUCUUCUGUUUCCUCUGUUUCUCCCGCUUUACCCACAUCGUCAAGGUACGUUUCGUUAACGAGACAAAGGAGCACUACGACUACCGCGGGUACGCCUGAAGAUAGAGUAAUCGAGGUGACGACAAAAGAGGACGUCGAAGAAAUCAGAGAAACCAGUACUCCUAAGGUGAGUCAAGAAACUUUAACCCCCGAGCCUAGUAUGAUUAGCACCAAAUUGCCUAUCACGACACUAUUUACCGAGACGGACCCUUCGUCUAUAAUACAUGAUUCCACGUCUACACCAUCAGAUAUUCCUGAAACCGUUUUUACUGCUAGAGCUCCUGCCCCUACGUCUGCAAAGUCGAGCAUCCCCACAACUGUUAAUACCACUAGAGCUCCGACUUCUACAAUUACCAAUGUUAUUACUUCGAUCUACGAAGCCGCGACCGAAAGACAGCGCGUUCGCGUUAAAAACAUACAAAACUUUUUAUCCGAACACAAAAAAACCGAAACGGGAAAACCCAGCACGGAAGUCAAUGCUUCACUUAAUGCGACUCCUCUGUCCCAAACGGUCGAAUACACUACGAGGACAGAAGAACCCACUCCAAAAUCGAUACUCAAGGGUCGUUACAGGAGUCAAACGCACCUCAGACCCGUUCUAAGAAAGCCGACUGAGCCGAAUGAUAGGAGCACGUCGACGACAGAAAUAUUUAUCGAAACGACCACCGAUAAAAGAAGUCGGUUGAACAGGUACCCUAAUCGUUUCGUUAAAUCUGGCCAAAACAAACCCGAAGAGACGAGUACCACCAGUAAACGAUUCGUCAGACCUACUAGCGAUAGCACUUUAGACGCGACUACGCGAAAAUUCAAUAGGUUUAGGUCGACUACUCCGUCUAGUGAAACUUCAAGUACCGGUGCCGCCUAUUCAACGAAAAGGACCGGAUCCAGGUUCAGACUAGGUACGACAACUGAAUCAACGUCGUCGACGAGCACAGCUGAAAUACAAAAAACCCGAUUCUUUAGAUCCCGUACACCGAUUUUCAUACCGUCGUCUACCGCAACAACCGAAGCGUCUUUCGAGCGAGACACUUUGACCGUGGAAGAAAACGUCGAUAACGUUCGCUAUGACACGUGGAAAUCGGCUCCGACCACGUUCAACUACGUCUCGACCACCGACAAAACUUUCGAAGAGCUAUCCGCGGAUAACGGAGAAUUCCGGAUAUUUACCACCACCGAUGGUUUCGAUCCUGCCGACGAGACGGCAAAUGAAAUCACGACCGUAACACCCACGACCACCGCUAGAAGUAAACAAGUGUUCAGAGGUUCUUUGAGAACCGAUAACAAAGCCGCCGAGGACUACGAUUCCCGAGAGGUAUCCAGACCCAGAUCGUCCGGCCGGCAGAACACUAGAUUCUUAAAAGACGAUCAAAAGAUAUUUUUCAUAAGAGUCAUGCCGGCUCCGGGAGCGAGAUCUCAAAACGAAUUCACAUCGGUUCCGGCCAAAAACGUGACCAGAAACCGGGGACGGGUCAGGGCGUACGAUUCGUUGGAGCUCAACACCUUGUCGGACGGGCUAACGAACGAAGACAGGCCUCGAGAGUUGUUCAAAGGAAGCGAAACGAAAUUCGACGCUCGGCAGCCUGUCGCCGAGAACUCAUCGGCAGAGAUCCGCAGGGACAGAAAUCGCAGUAGAGGUACGAGACCCGUCCAGCGUACGACCACUCCUAUUGAAGAAUCAACGCCGACCACAGAAUCGUACUCGGCAAAAGUUCACAGAAGAAGGAAAUUUAGACCAGAAUACACAACCACAGAAUUGCCGGCGAGUAACGAAGAAGAACUGACUACACCCCGGUCUCGAAGACCCGAACAACGAAGGAUUAAAAGCAGAACUUCAACAUUGAAGAGCGUCAUUACGACCAGCACGACUCCUGAGACUUUGGCAGAAGAUAGCAAUGUUGGUGAAUUCUUAGGCUCGUCAGCACAGCCAUAUUUUGACGAUUCCAGUUUCUUUAGCAAAACAAGAGAUGAUCGCAAAAUCGGCGGGUCCGUCGAAGAUCUUGCUAACACUGCCGUCGUCGCCAUUCACACGCUUGCCACAGCGCCGCCAUCUACUGCCGUAUUCAGGCCUUCGACGAGCAGUCCUCAGCAAAAUCUGUUCCGGGAACCAACUCGUCAAGAAUUCUUCGAGCCGCGAUUGCCCCACGUCAAGGACUCGACGUUCGAUAACAGCCAGUCCGUGAGAACACUACAACAACAACAGCCGCAACCGCCAGCUAUUAAAUUACCGGAAUCGUUCCAAUCCAACCCACCCAACCCGUUCCAAUCGGAAAUUUCUGGCCCGUUCCAACCGUCUCCGUUCCAGUCGGGUCCGUUCCAUCCCAUUCCAUUUGCGUCCGUCCCAUUCCAACCGCCGCCGCCACCACCACCACCUCCGUUCGUCCAGCAACCGCAACCGACCACCGCGUUGCCGGCCACAUCACGACAGACGUUCUUGCUGCGUCGAGGACCCUCGAGGACCACACCACUGGCCGCGCCCACGACUACUACUCCGCGUCCGUUGCGGCCGGUACAGCCCGUACAGUUCCUCAACGACAACGCCAACCAAGAGCAGUACGCUGAUUAUUCGGAACACUCGAACUCCGGCGAGCGGGUGGCGCUCAAGGGAAAGGUGCGCAUACACGGCGACGGGUACAUAGAGUGUCUGGAUAUGGGCAGCUUUCCGCACCCGUAUUCAUGCCAAAAAUUCAUAUCGUGCGCCAAAACCGAAUACGGCUCGCUAAUAGGAUGGGAGUACACGUGUCCCAAGGGGCUGUCGUUCGACCCGGUUGGCGGCAUUUGUAACUGGUCCAACGGAUGCAAUAACUAACGACCGAAUUUUGAGAACAACGACAAACAUAUAUUACACAAUGUUUAUAAUAAUUAACAAUACAAAUGUAAAAUCACAAAUUCCUAGUCUUCCUCGAAGUGAAUUAAUUAUUAUUGUAAUGUGCAAUAUUUGGAUUAUUGUAUCCUUCAGUUGAACAUUCUUAAGGCCAGUUAGAGAUAGAGAAUACAACUCGGAUGGAAUUACAACAUUUUUGUUUUAUUCGUAGGUACUGUCGAUAUCAAAAUAGUGUAUCUAGGCAUUGUAGUUUCAUUCGAUUUGUUUUGUACACAUCUAAGAGUAGGUAAUGAUAAAAAAAAAUAUAUUAUAUUUUAGUAAUUUAAGAAUAAAUAUUUGUAAGAUAUUUGUAUAGUAAUUUGUAUUUAUUUUUUUAUGAGAACCCUUAUUUUUUUUAUACAGCUACUGCGAGUGUUUUAACAUUCAACAUAUACCACAACUUUCUACUAAAUUUUAUCAAUAUUUUGAAAAUAUAUAGUUUUUUAAUUACAUAAUUUAAUUUUGUGACUAUGAUACAUUUUUAUAAUUUUUUUGUUACAUUUUUUUUAAUGUGUUAUUCUAAAAAAUCUAUUGUUAUUAUUUUAAAAAAUAGUGGUCAUUAGCAGUG